UGUGCCAUGGGCACGGAGCGGGGCGGGCAGCUGGGCAGCCUGACCGUGUUCAGCAAGGAGGAUUUUGAGGAUGAGUGGCUGAAGGUGGCCAGCGGGGGCUUUGGCCACGUGUACCAGGUGAAGCACAGGAGGUGGAGGACGGUCUAUGCGGUGAAGUGCUCCCCGUACCUGCUGCAGGACUCCAGCCUGGACAGGACCAGCAUGAACUGUCUAAUGGAAGAGGCAAGCAAGAUGGAGAAAAUCAAAUUCCAGCACAUUGUCACCAUCUACGGGGUGUGCAACAGCCCUCUGGGGAUAGUGAUGGAAUACAUGGCCAGGGGGUCCUUGGAGAGGAUCCUUCCCACCCACAGAAUGUCCUGGCAGCUGAAAUUCCGGGUGAUCCAUGAGAUGGGCUUGGCCAUGAAUUUCCUGCACAGCAUGAGCCCUCCCCUGCUGCACUUGGAUCUGAAGCCAGGGAACGUCCUCCUGGAUGGGAACAUGCACGUCAAGAUCUCCGACUUUGGGCUGUCCAAGUGGAUGGAGCAAUCCAGCAGGAUGCAGUACAUCGAGAGCUCAGCUCUGAGGGGCACCCUGAGCUACAUCCCCCCCGAAAUGUUCCUGCAGAACAGCAAACCCCCGGGGAUCAAGUACGAUGUGUACAGCUUCGGCAUCGUCAUCUGGGAGGUGCUGAUGCAGAAAAAGCCUUACACAGGGGCCAACAUGAUGGCCAUCAUCGUGAAGGUGGCCGCGGGGAAGAGGCCGGGGCUGGAGCUCGUCAGGGACGACUGGCCCGGGGAGUGCCACCAGAUGGUCGACCUGAUGAAGAGGUGCUGGGAUCAGGACCCCAAGCAAAGGCCCAGCUUUGCAGAUAUCCCUGUGGAGACCGACGUGCUGCUGGCUCUGAUCCAGAGCCUGGUGCAGGACCCGGAGAACGAGCGCCUGGUCAGGAAGAUGUCCCACAAACCGGCCAUCUCCAGGAGCCAGCAGGGUGACAAAGAGGAGUUCACCUUCCCCCGAGACACCAGGAGUGGGGGAAAGGACCCUCAGGAGGUUCCUCUCCCAGCUCCACACGGGGAGGCCGGCAGCCCCGAGGAGCUGGGGCCCGAGGAGCUGGGCAGGGUGCAGGAGAACGGCCUGACCCUUCUGCACCUGCUGGUGCUGCAGGGCAACGUGGGCAGGGUGCGCUUCCUGCUGGGCCGCGGGGCCGGCGUCAACGGCGCGGCGGGCGGCGGCUGCACCCCGCUGCUGCUGGCCGUGCAGCGCCGGCUCCCCGAGAUCUGCUCCGUCCUCAUCGAGCACGGCGCCGACGUCAACGCGGCCGACGAGGACGGCUGGAGCCCGCUGCACUUCGCGGCCCAGCACGGCGACGACCGCACCGUGCGGCUGCUGCUGGACCACCAGGCCCGCGUGGACGCCCAGGAGCACGACGGGUGGACCCCGCUGCACCUGGCGGCGCAGAACAACUUCGAGAACGUGGCGCGGGUGCUGCUGUCGCGCCAGGCCGACUCCAACACGCAGGAGGUGGACGGCAAGACCGCCCUGCACGUGGCCGCGUGCUUCGGGCACGUCGGCCUGGUCAAGCUGCUGGCCAGCCAGGGGGCCGACCUGGAGAGGAAGCAGAAGAACCUCAGGACCCCGCUGCACGUGGCCGUGGAGAGGGGCAAGUUCAGGGUGGUGCAGUAUCUGCUGAAGAACGGCAUCUCCGUCAACAGCCUGGACCAGAACCACUACAGCGCCCUGCACCUGGCCGUGGUCAGGGGCAAGUACCUGAUCUGCGAGAAACUCAUCAAAUACGGGGCCAACGUGGAGCUGAGGACGGACAAAGGCUGGACCCCCCUGCACCUGGCCUCCUUCAAGGGGCACAUCGAGAUCAUCCGGCUGCUGAAGGGCAGCCGCGCCCGGCUGGACGCCAAGGGCAGCAUGGACUGGACGCCGCUGCACCUGGCCACGCGCUACGGCGACGAGCCGGUGGUCAGCGAGCUGCUGCGCUGCGGGGCCGACCCCAACACGGCCGAGAGGUCCCACUGGGCCCCCCUGCACUUCGCCGUGCUCAGGGGCUCCUUCCUCAGCGUCAUCAACCUCCUGGAGUGCCGGGCCGACGUCAACGCCAGGAACAAGGUGGGCUGGACCCCGCUGCACCUGGCGGUGCUCAAGGGCAACAUGGCCAUCGUCAAGACCCUGCUGAAGGCAGGGGCGCUGCUGGACGUGGAGGACAUCGCCGGGUGCACGGCCCUGCAGCUGGCCGUGAGGCACCAGCGGGAGAACAUCAUCACCCUGCUCCAGGAGGCCUCGGGGGGCAAACCCGGGAACAGGACUGUGAACGAGGCGAAGAUCCCCAGACCCAGGCUUAUCCCAGGAAGGACAGAUCUGUAA